AUGACUGGGCCGCUGCCGUCGCCAGCCAAUCGCACGCGCUUCAAGACGCCGGAAGGGCGAUACCUGCUGUCGCACGAGAAGGUUCACCCGGCCGGCCUUAUCCAGUACACCCAUCAGCGCAAUCCCACCAAGAUCACAUUAGCGCAUCUCGAGGACCGGCCUCCGCCCCUCCCCCCUCCGUCGCCGUCACCCGUUGCCACGUCAGCAGGUUCCAGAUUCGCCAAGAACUUCUUAGGAGCAGGAAGCGGCACGCGUGGACUGCCCUUCGGCGGCGGAAAUGGCCGUCAAUCAGACCCCCUCGUGCACCAUCUCCUGUUCCUCCUUCUCCUCCUUCCCUUCCAUCCUCUCACUCCCCUGCCUCCUCGCCUCUUGCAUCCCCCUCCUUUCCCCCUUCCACCUUCCCCCCCGACCCCCAUCCCCCGCCUCACACUUUCCCCCUUCCACCAUUCCCCCCCCCCCCUCCCCCCCCCCCCCCCCCCGCCCGCAGCAGCGGUGCCAGCAGCCACUGGCGCAUCCGCAGGCGCGGGGACCGCAGGGGGGAGCAAUGGGGCGGUGGGGGGAGCAGGCGGAGGGGGAGGGGCGGGGGAGAAGGAGAAGGCGGGGGGCGAGGGCGAGGGGUCGUACGUAAUCUUCAACGUUGGCGAAUCACUCUUUGUGGCGGACGCCAACAGUACGGACAAGGUGGGGAGGGGAUGGGGAAUGGGGAAGGGUGCGAGGCGCAAGGUGGGGCUGGGGGGCGCAAGGUGGGGGCUGGGGGGCGCAAGGUGGGGGCUGGGGGGGCGCAAGGUGGGGGCUGGGGGGGCGCAAGGUGGGGGCUGGGGGGGCGCAAGGUGGGGGCUGGGGGGGCGCAAGGUGGGGGCUGGGGGGGCGCAAGGGAAAGCAACGCUGCCCCUGAAAGCGCUGCAGUUCAUGGGAGCGAGCGGGCUCUGCCACGCGUUUGACGGGGCAGAGCCCCUGAAGGCGCUGCAGUUUAUGGGGGCGAGCGGGCUGUGCCACGCGUUUGAUGGAGCAGUGGCGGGCAGGGAGGCGCAGGGCACAGCAGGCAGGGACGCGCAUGACCUGCUUAUUGCCACCACUGCAGGCGACAUCUACACAGCAUCACUGAGGGCACAGCUAGCAGACGGCAGCAAGAAGCUAGUAGGAGCAGCACACUACAGCCCGCGGGACGGCACCGGUGGCAGCAGUGGCAGCGGGGGCAGCAGCAGCGGGGGGAGCAAGGAGGGCAGCAGCGGCAGCAGCAGUCGAUGCACAGCUGUGGCGUGGGUGCCGGGCGGGGAUGGGCUGUUUGUCACGGCGCUUGCGGAUGGGAACGUAUAUGUCUUUGACAAGCACCGGGACGGCACCACGGAGCCGGGCUUCCCGCCCAUCAAGGACGUGCAUGCCUUUUCCACCGCACACGCGCGCUCCAACAAGAGCAACCCAUUAGCACGGUGGCACAUCUCGCCAUCAUCAAUCAACGCCCUCGCCUUCUCCCCCUCGGCCUCACACAUGGCCACCGUCUCCCGCGACGGCUACCUACGAGUGUUUGACUGGGAGAGAGAGGCAUUGGAGGGCGGGUGCAAGAGCUACUACGGGGCGUUCCUGUGCUGCGCCUUCAGCAGUGACGGACGCCUGGUGGCGGCAGGGGGGGAGGACGACCUGGUGGCCGUGUGGGACCGCCACUCGCACGCCGUGCUCGCCUGGUGCGAGGGGCACUGCUCGUGGGUCACAGCAGUGGCGUUCGACCCCUUCCUCCCCGCCAAUCCCCCGCCGCCCACUGCCAUCGCCUCCCCCCCCUCCACCACUGCUGCUGCUGCCGCCGCCACUCCCCCCUCCUCCGCCUCCCCCAUCCCCACCAGCAGCACCACCACCGGCAGUGGUGCGGGUGUGGGGGCAGCAGCAGUGGUGCCGGGUGGUGCAGAGGGGAGCUACAGACUGGGGUCCGUGGGACAGGUGAGAAGUGGGGCAGGUGAGGAGUGGGGGGAGUGGGAGGGGAGUGAGCGCAGAGGGAGGGCAGAGGGAGGGCAGAGGGAGGGCAGAGGGAGGGCACAGGGAGCAUGUGCUUGGGACACGCAGCUGCUGCUGUGGGACGUGGCUCUAGACGACGUGGUGCUGCCCUUGCGCCUCCAUGCAUCCCAUCCGCACCACCAAUCAGCAGCUGCCACGUCAGCAUCGCACCCUCAUGACGUGGCAUCGACCAGCACCCCCCCGCCCGCCCACCCGCACUCCCGCUCGCACUUCUCCCACUUCCAUUCUCACGCACCCGGCCACGCCUCUCCAAACCGAACACAUGGCGCCACGUCAGCGUCACCAUCCACGUCAGCAGCAGGAACUGCCACGUCAGCGUCAUCAUUAGGUCUGGGCAGAUCCAGCGGUGCCCGGAGCUCCAGUGGGGCGGGGAGUGGUGCCGGUGGGGGCAGCAGCAGCAGCAAUGCAGGCGGGGGUGGCAGCGGCGGCGGGGCUUUAAGAGACGCAUCGGGAUCGAAUGCAUCUCAUGGAAUCAAUGCAGCAGCAGUGCUGGUGCCUCCUCCUUCCCGCAAAGACGUGCCGAGAAUAUCCCCAGUGAUGGCACACAAGGUGCACGUGGAGCCACUAUCAGCACUCGCCUUCUCACAGCAAGCAGUGCUCACGGCAUGUCACGAGGGCUAUGUCAAGCUCUGGCUGCGCCCCGGCACCACCCCCCCUCCUGGCAGCAUUGCCGCCACCUCCACCCCUGCCCCUUCUGCUGCCGCUGCUGCGCCUGUUCCUGCUGCUGGUGGUGCUGCUGCUGCCACUGUAGCCGUGCCUGCGGCGUCCGCCUCGCCUCUCCGAGGGGAACCCCAGUCAGCCUCUCCCGCCCUCGCCCUGUCCGACCGAGGCCUUACCAGCAACCGCACGGGCACGGCAGAAGCUACUGCUGGUGCUACUGGUGGUGGCAGCAUGAGUGGCGCUGCUGCAUCGGCUGCAGCGACAGCGGUGGCAGCGGCGGCGGGUGCCAGAAGUGCUGUUUCCGGGCAACGAGGAUUCAGAUGA